AUGGCUUAUGAGAAGUUGGCAAAUGGCCUUACGGUUCAAGGUUGGGUUGUUUUGAUGUUCUCCACGGCUGAUCUCAGCUCGGAUUUCCAGAGGACCUACACCCUGGCCUUGAGCCCGGCGCGUGGCGGAUCCAUCCGGGACUGGUACGAGUUUCGGGUCUGCUCCACUAAGGAGGGCGUUUACACCGAGCAUUGCGCAGGGUUGAUCGCCGUCGAAACGGACUACACGGAGAAGACGGCUCCGGCGGGUUCCCUCGAGCCCUGGCAGCACGCGACGCCGGCGAGCAUGAUCUACAAGGCCGUGCGCGAGUCCGGAUACAACUACGGGCCUUGCUUCCAGAAGCAUCUGCUCUUCGAGGCCACUAUGGGCAAGACCGAGAGUCGGUCGACCGUGGCCAUGGACCCGCCCCGGCGAUGUCCAGAGAGCAUUCAACCAGACCACCUUCCCCAUCGGAGGUAUCAUCCAGGGCGCGAUGUUUUGCGGGAUCGCCCCUUCGACUCCAUGACCCUAGAAGAAUACCACCAGGCCGUGGCCUGCAAGAUCCAAGGCACGUGGAACCUGCACACGGCGGCGGAGCGCCUGCAUCUCUCGCUCGACUUCUUCACGAUGCUGUCCAGCAUCUCGGGCGACGACGGCUUCAUCGCCAACAACGCGGGCUUCCAGGAGAAGCACUUCGACAGCCGCACCUUCAAGGGCAUCAACAACAGGCUGCUGCGUCAGAUCCUCUACUUCUCCCUGCUCCAGCAGGCCGGGCGCUUUGCCCCCGACUCCACAUCUGGCGCCGCCGCCACACAGAUGGUGACGGGCAUCGUCGCCCCGCAGCCCGCCGACUCGGCGCUCCUGCGGGACGCGCGGUUCUCGGCGUUGCGCGCAGGCGCCGGGGCCGGCAAGACCCCCGGCGAGAGCGGUGGGGGUAGCAACAGCGCCAACGCGGAGGUCCAGGCCCUACUGCUUUUGCUGCGCUCCUCGUCUGCCGAUACCGCCGCCCAGGUCGCGGCCGCGGUGGAAGUCGUCAACAAGUGCUUCGUGCACAUGCUGCGCCUGUCGGAGCCGAUGGACCCGGCGCGUCCGUUGGCCGUCUACGGGAUCGAUAUCCUGGCCGCCGUCGAGGUCCGUAACUGGGUCCGGAAUGAGCUGGGGGCUCUGGUGACGACGGUCGAUAUCAUGAACGCUGCCUCUCUUUGGGCGUUCUGUAAGAAGAUCGUUUCCAAGAUCGUGGUGGGCUGA